AUGGAUCACAAAUGGGUAACCUGUUCAAAUGGUGCUGUACCACAACUGGCAGUAGUCGGUGGCCAUGAUUCCGAUGGAGACACAAUUUACAUUGGCCGUGCUGACUAUGAGGGCGAUCGCUUACCGGCUAAGGUCAUUCCAUCCAAAGGCAAAGCCUAUGUCUCUCACGGAGGCAAUGAAAUUGAAGUCGACACCUAUGAAGUGUUGACUGGACUGCGGUACCAGUGGGUACCUGCUGCCAAUGGCGAUGUUCCAGAAACAGCUGUUAAAGUCGGCAGAUCUGCCGAUGGCGAUUUUCUUUAUGCUGGCCGUGGCAACUGGGAAGGUAGUGUGACCGUGGGUAAAGUUCAUCCCUCACAUGGCUGCCUCUACAUUCCUUAUGGCGAAGAAGAGGUCAAGUUAACCGAAUACGAAGUAUUAACACAACCCGAUCAGUGGAUAUCGGCCACCGUCGAUUCGUUUCCCGAAGACGCUCUAGAGGGAGGACGUGACGCUGAUGGAGACGCCAUCUAUAUUGGCCGUGUAUUCAAGAAUGGCGAUUUAUUGCCAGCCAAAGUUAUUCCCAACAAAGGUGGAGCCUACGUCUGUUGGGCUGGCGAGGAAGAAAAAGUGGAAAACUUCCAGGUUCUGGUCGGUGCCGGUUUCAUGUGGGUGGGUUGUGAAAAUGGCAAUAUUGUCCCUGGCGCCGUACCCGCAGGCUCCACUUGUGACGGUGAGACUCUUUACAUUGGUCGUGCCGAACAUGCCGGUAGUUUGUGUGUGGGCAAAGUACAUCCCUCUCACGCCUGCCUCUACAUACCCUUUGGUGGCGGCGAAGAAAAAAUCGACUGUUACGAAGUUCUAGUCAGACUUUAAAAUGU